AUGGACCAGCCAGCCCGCAACGUGCAGUGCGUGCGCAUCUGCCCGCGCAUCGAGACGCUACACGCGACGGUGAUGGUGCGCAGCGGCAACUCGGUGCGUGCGGCUCACUGCGAGCGCGCCAUCGCUGUCUACCCCAACGGCACCCAGCACGACGAGCCGUUCUGGGACGCCGACGGCCGCGACGUCUUAUUUGUAUCCUGCACGCACCUCGAACCCGACGGGACCAGCUUCAGGGGCGGAGAUUGCAUCAACGGAACGCUGGUGAACGAGGACGAGGUGCCGCAACCGACGAUGAAUUUCAGCGUGCUGUGGAAGUUGGCCAACGGCCCACGGCCUGCUGACCCAGACCAACUUAUAGCGCCCGCACAGGAGAACAUCACAAUCUUCAACCGGUCGCGCCUCUUGAUCAAUCUUGAGGCUUGCGUCAACACGCUGCAGGGCGAGUGUCGCGCCUUCGCGGAUUCGCACGGCCAGGAUGGACGCAACAGCACCGCACCUUCACGCUUCCCCUGCUACUACGACAAGAACAACUCGUUUUUCGUGGUGGCGCGUUUCGACCGGCAGAGGACGCAGCGCGAGCUGGUGAUCGGCGUGACAGUGCCGGGGAGCCUCUUCCUCAUGUCGCUUGUUAGCCUGUGUGUGAUGACCCGCUCGGUGCGCGUGGGUGACGACGCGCGCAUGCGCUGGGUCUGCUGCAACGACGGCGCUGACGAGCCCCGCCGCGUGCCGACUAGCGCGCCCGAAGACCACGACGGCGCCGACGUCGCCGCCCUGGACGCUCAGCGUCUGAAGAAGCAGCUUAAAAGUCGCCUGGUGGUGGCCACACUCGACCGCGUGUAUAGCUUCUUUCAGCGCAACGCGUCCUAG